AUGUCUCGCAACCAGAUCUACUAUUCCGACAGGUACAGUGACGACCAUUACGAGUACAGACAUGUUGUUCUGCCUCGGGAGAUGACUAAAUAUAUCCCAAAAUCCCACCUGAUGUCUGAAGACGAGUGGAGACAGCUGGGAGUGCAGCAGUCCCGGGGAUGGAUCCACUAUAUGAUACACGAACCAGAGCCACACAUCCUUCUGUUCAGAAGACCCCACCCUCGCCCUACUGGAAGAGUCCUCCUGUGAUCUUUUAUUUAAAAUUAUUAAGUGUAUACUGUCUAGCUGGUUGCUCACUGCAGCAUAUGAAUUUCUCAGCUUUUUGAUGUAAUCCCUCUGAUUUGUCUGAUGCU